CGUUGUUCCGCUUUGUCAACCCAUGGAUGAAGUCGGCAUCGAUCGCAAGAUCGUGAUCGUCGGGUGCACAGACACCGGCAAAACGUCGUUGACAAUCCGGUACUGCCGCAACAACUUCAACAUAUUGACGGCGGCUACGAUUGGGGCGUCGUUUAUGCAGAAGCACAUCGCGCUGGACAAGUACAAGAUGACCCUACAGAUAUGGGACACCGCCGGCCAGGAGCGCUUUCGCUCGAUGACUCCCAUGUACUACCGCAAUGCCAAGGCGGCAAUUCUCGUCUUUGACGUCACAAAGGAAGAUACGUUUGAAAAGGCCAAGGGGUGGUUGAGCGACCUGAGGAAGUAUGUCACAGACGAUAUCGUGCUGGCCGUGGUCGGGAACAAGUGUGACCUGCCCACGGCCUUCAAUUUUGCCCUCGCCGAAGCAUUUGCGCGCGAAAUCGGCGCCACGGCCCAUCAAACGAGCGCGCAGACCGGCCAGGGCGUGACUGGGCUGUUCGACGCGGUUUCCCGGUCUCUGUUGAAGAAACAUCUGGAGUAUGAACGUAUGAAUGCGAUGUCGCCGCUGCCAAACCGGCGGCCAACGUUGGCACCAGACCCCCUCCUUCGACUCGAUCUAGCGACUAAACCGCCAAGGAAGGCUAAUGGAGGGUGCUGCAAGUGAUUCCCACUAGCAGGACCGUUUGUUGUCGGCAUUAUAUACUAACGAACCAGUUAGCCGCAAGUAACUUUACGUACUCCAGUAGGUUGUAGCAAUACAGGAGUCGUGUUGUCAAGAGGUUCCUUUGAAUAGUCACUCUCUUA